AUGCCCCGUGAGAAGCAGAAGAGAGGCCGUCGGGCCGAGCAAAAAGCUCAGAAGGAUGAAUUCAAGCGCGAAUAUGAUGACACAAUUGAAGCGCCUUCCGCAAAGCGAAUCAAGUCCGACAACGCCGAUCAGAUCUCCGAAGAGCCGGCCGCAGACUACAUUCCUUUGGAAGAGGGCCCUCUCGAACAGGGCGACCGACAGGAAGAAUAUGCAGGCAAUGAAGAGUCUGGUGAUAUGCCUUUCUAUGGUCUACUCGACACUGAUGAGCAGGAAUACUUUUCGCGCGCGAACGAGAUGCUAGAAUCGAACCAAUUCCAAGAUGCUGAAGAGAAGAACUUGUUUGUGGAAAGUAUAUACCAGGAAGCCAAUGGCAAGGAAUUGAAGAUUGCCUGCAGCCAGGGUUGUUCAAGACUCAUGGAGAAAUUGAUCUCCAUGUCAGAUGUUCGGCAGAUCCGGCGCAUCUUCAGCAAAUUCCUCGGUCACUUCCUUCACCUUGUUCAGCAUCGGUUCGCGAGCCAUUGCUGCGAAACACUUUUCAUCAAUGCGGCCCCUGCAGUAAUGCAGAAGACACCCAAGGCUCAAACCAAGAAAUCAGAUGAGGAGGGUGAAGGCGAGUCGGACUUGUCGCUUGCGGACAUGUUCAUGACUGUCAUUGAGGAGCUGGAAGGAAACUGGGGAUACCUGUUGACGGAGCGAUUUGCAUCUCAUACAAUUCGAGUCCUUCUUCUGGUUCUUGCUGGAGAACCGGUAGAUGUCGCAUCAAAUGACUCGGUGGUUGCUAGUCGAAAGAAGGAAAGAUUGGGUGUCCCAGUGGCCGGCGCGCAAGACGAAAAGGCCCCCAUUGAAAAGCCCGGCGUUCCUGAGUCUUUUGAGCCUGCAUUAAAGAAGAUCAUGGGUGAUAUGAUUUCAGGAUUGGAUGACACCUACUUGCGUGCGUUGGCAACUCAUCCUGUCGGAAACCCGGUUCUUCAAGUGAUGCUGUUCCUUGAACUCUCUCACUUUGGCAAAUCUAGUGCCAAAGACCCAAAUUCAAUUCUGCGACGACUUGUCCCCGACGAAACUUUCGAAGAAGGCACAGAUAGCGCGACUUUCAUUCGUGGCCUCCUCUACGACCCCGUCGGCUCCCGGUUGGUAGAGACUAUGGUGCGCUAUAUGCCCGGCAAGGUGUUUAAGAACCUGUACAAGAAUAACAUCCGCGAUCGGAUCGGAUCGCUUUCACGAAACAGCACUGCUGGUUACGUUGUUUUGCGAACGCUAGAAAGACUUGGAAAGGACGAUUUACAGAAUGCCAGGGAUCUCAUCAUCUCCGAGGUUCCAGGAUUGAUUGAGCGCUCAAGGCUCAUUGUACCUCGGGUGUUGAUCGAGCGUUGUGUGGUUCGAAGUGUGGACACAAAGCCUUUCGCGGAGGCUCUCUCGAAGGCAUACGACCGGAAUCCUGUAGUCCGCCUUCGACAGAUGCUCCGGCUUGAUGAGCCCGUCGAAAACGCAGCACAGGAGACAGCGGAUCAAGAAAUGGAGGAUGCAGAUAGGGACGGAGAGAAAAACCACAAGGCAAGGAACCCCGCUGGUGGUUCUUCUAUCCCCGCAGCAGAGAAGCUACACGGCUCUCUCUUAGUACAGGCUAUGCUAGCAGUCCCUGGACCGAUGAGUGAACUUGUGUAUUCCAGUCUUCUUGCUCAGGAUUCCGACAUGAUCUUUCAACUUGCGAAAGAGGCGACCUCCUCGCGUGUUCUUCAACAAGCCCUCACUCUCCCAACCUCAACUGCCCAAUUCCGACGACAAUUCAUCCCCCGCUUCCAAGGCCACCUGGUGGAGCUUUCCUUGCACAACAGCGGCUCUCACGUUGUCGAUGCAUUGUGGUCGGCUACCAAAGAUAUCUUCUUUGUCAAAGAGCGGAUGGCACAGGAACUAGCGCAGAGCGAAAUGAUUCUUCGUGAUUCGUUCCUGGGCCGGGCCGUGUGGAGGAACUGGUCCAUGGACCUAUACAAGCGCCGCCGAGGCGAGUGGUCUGCCCGAGCUAAAGGCAUUGAGCGACAGCCCAUGGGCAGCGAAGGCCCCGGAGGUCCUGGAGGAAGGCCGAAGUCGAAGAUUGAACUGGCUCGGGAGCGAUUUGCAGCCAAGGAGGCUGCAGCUGCUAAGUCCUAA